GAGGAUGGUGGGAGAACAGAGCAGCAGGACAGGGUGUUAGGGUGCUGCUGUGAACCCCACACCUCCACGACUCCUCCAGGUGUAGACAUGUUCGAUAACUCCAACUACCCCUUCAACUGUUUCAACUACGAUGGAGAUGGAUACCCCUCAUCCAGCACGGACGAGGAGAAGAAGAUGUGCAGACCCGCUUACAGUGUGUGUGUGUGUGUGUGUAGCUACAUAGCUCUGAUAGCCAUGGCGAUCCAGCAGAGCCCCGAUCAGCGGGUCACUCUGUCGGGAAUCUACGAGUUCAUCAUGAAGAGGUUUCCUUAUUAUCGCUCCAAUCAGAGAGCCUGGCAGAACUCCAUCCGACACAACUUGUCGCUCAACAGCUGCUUCAUCAAGGUUCCUCGGACAGAGGGCAACGAGAAGGGAAAAGGAAACUUCUGGACUUUUGCCAGCGGCUGUGAAUCGAUGCUCGACCUCUUUGAAAACGGAAACUUCCGUCGUCGCAGGCGUAGGAGGAACAUGAAAAUCGGAUUCCGAGAUUCGGGAGAAACACAUUUCCACCCUUUGGAAAGCCGAGCCAAUCGGCACGCGCCAGUGGCUCGGGCCCCCGAACCCGACUCCUCCCUCUGCCCUUUGACCCCUGACAGGCCGAGGCCGGGGCAGCAGCAGCAGCAGCAGCAGGACCAGCUCAACCUGAACCCUGCCCAGCCGGGGAAACCGGAGUCAGAGAUCAAGUUCAGCAUUGACUACAUCCUGUCGACUCCUGAUCCGCCGCUGACGGGGUUCAGAUCCUCCCAUGUCCCGGUUCACGUAGCAACCACAGGGCCGCCGGUACACAUUCUAGAGCCUCAGCACCUGAACCUGCACUUCUGGACUCUGUGAGGGGAAAGGAGGACACAAACUUUUUCCUUCAUGACCGUCUCUGUCCAAACCUGGGAGGAACUGUGAGGACGUUUCGAGACAGAAAAGACUUGAUGAAGAACAAAGUGUACAGGUACAGUAUGUGAGACGUGGAAGACAUCUUUAAAUAGAAACUGUUUAAGAUUCAUUCAAAAGAUCAAAUGUGAAAAACACAGAACAAUACAGUAAAAAGAGUUCAUAAUGUCUUUAGACUGUUGUUCAGUGUCCACUGCUGACAA